CAUAAAAAUUAACAUGAAGAUCUUCAUUUUCACGGUUCUAGCUCUGUCAGUUUUCGUUGUAGCUGCAGAGGAGAAAAAACCCGUGAAGAAGGGAGUGAAACGGGGUAUUUUAGGUGAAGCCUACGGAUUAGGAGCAGGUAACGCCAUUUCAUAUGGAGGAAUUUCAUCAUCUGGUCCAAUCGCAAAUAUUGGAGGACAUGGAUCAGCUGCUAGUUUAGCAUUAGAAGAUCAAACAGCCAUCAGUGGUGGAGCUUCAAUUGCAUCUGCUAGCUCAGCUGGAUUAGCAUUAAGCAGUGGCUCAGCUUACGGUGGUGAAAUUGUGCAAAGUCAAGAAUUAAGUGCUGCUUCAUUAUCUAGUGCAUCAUUGGCUGGUGCCUCAUUAUCUAGUGCAUCCUUAUCUGGUGCUUCUUUGGCUGAAGCUCAAUUAUCUGGAGCCUCAUUAGCUGGUGCAUCAUUAUCUGAAGCUUCAUUGGCCGGUGGUUCAAUUGGUUUAAAUGGUGCUGCUUUACAAGGUCGCACAGUUCAUUUAGGAUCAACUGCCCAUCAAACACUUCAAGUAAACCGCCACAUUCAUGUUAACCACAGAUUAGGAGAAAUUAUUCCACAACCAUAUCCAGUACCAGUAACACGCAACAUUCCAGUUCCAGUUCCACAACCCGUUCCAGUGAAAGUUGAUAAACCAUACGAAGUUAGAAUACCAAAACCAUACCCAGUACCUGAAAUUCGUGAAAUCCCAUACGAAGUAGUACGUAAAAUCCCACAUCCAGUACCAGUUCCAUACAAUGUACCAGAAAUUGCACCAUAUCCAGUUCCCGUAGCACGACCAGUACCUUAUAAUGUGCCACGUCCAGUACCAGUAGCUAUUCCAGAACCUGUUCCAGUUUACAGACGCGUUCCGUACUUAGUGCGACAAGUACAUGCUCACGUGCACCAACCCCCACCACACGUUCAUUACCAUGUUUAGGGUAAUUUAAACAUUCUAGUGAAUCAUCGAAAUAAUUUGUUGUUACCAUCUUUUCAUGUUACCCUUCAUCAUUUUUUACAAUAGUUCACAUUAAAAAACAAUGUUGAAAUUUUUGUAAAAAAUUAUUUUUCUGUCA